CGAAAAUCGAGCAGCUCUCACUUUUGACGCUGUCACCGGAAAUGUUUUCAAAGAUUUCACUGAUGAGCACAUGAACGUCCAGGCUCAGAUUCCACAGUGGCGCGUGACCGUGUGGCUUUCAGCCGUCUCUCGUGUUUCCUAAAAACUUUUCCAGUGGGAGAUUUAUUUACAAAUCCGCGUCUUUCAGUGACAGAGAUGAGCGUCUCCAGGCAGACGGUCAGGGACCUGCUGACGGCCUACGAUCGCAGCCUGGAGCAGCAGAUCGUGAGCGGCGGCUCCAGCCUGGUGUGUCGAGACGAGGAGCUGUGGAAUCAGGUGGAGGAGCUGCUGAGGGACGGAGAUGCUCAGGAGACUCACUGUCUGGGUCUGGAUCCUCUGACUGUGAUGGAGGAGUCGCUGAAGGCAGCUGCGGCGGCGUCUGCAGGCAGCGGUGGAGGGAAGGUCCGAGCCAGAGGAGGACUCAGAAGCCUGGACAAAGCUUUUGAGGUUCUGGAGCAGGCGGCUCUGAACCUCUACCUCACUCCCUGGAGGGAAGAGUAUAAAGUCGUCAAGAUGUAUUCUGGUCCAUUCACUCAUUACAUCAAACCAGUGCUGUCGGUGCCACAGAUUGAGAAGCUCUUUGGUCUGUUGGGAUACCACAGCAGCUCGCCUCAGCACCAGCAGCUUUGUCUCCAGCUGCUCAGGAUCAGUCCGUCCUCUGUGGACGACCUCCUCCGCCUGUCGUGUGCCUUCUACCUGGCUCGGUGUGAGUGUCGCCUCCUGCAGGCAGCACUGGGGAAGCACGCCGGUGAGGCGCAGUGGGAGCUGAGGCUGGUGAGAGAGAGGCAGCGAGGACACGGCGUUCAGGUUGCCGUGGACAACGCCAUGAAGACACUGAAGGUGGACAGGCCACUGAUGCAGCCGUUUGACGGCGAGGCGGACGUGGACCUGUACACGGACGAUCACGUUAACGGGGGACAGAUGGAGGCGGCGCCCGGAGACAACAAAACCUGGCUGACGCAAAUGAGCGCGUCUCCCCCAGCUGGCAAAACACGCGGCGAAGAAAUGGCGUCCUCGUCCACGCCGCCACCCGCCAGCGUCUGCGUCUCCACGUUUAACUGCCAGUUGAGCGCGGCGGCGGCGGCGGCGCCCGCGGAGCCGGCACUCGGAUCCUCGGACGUCAAGAAGCAGAGCAGACGUUCCUGCGACAAACCCGACGCCGAACCACAGCCGGGUCGCCUGUCGUCGGAGACGGCGGGGCUCUGCGCGCACGACGCCGACGUGGACCGCCUCUGCAGCUGCCUCCAGUCUCCGCACGUUUACCUGCAGCGCUGCAUGGACUGUAAAUCUCUGCACAGCAUCACCUGCGCUCUGCUCCACCUCUGCGAGAUGGAGAAGCACUGCGUGCUGUCUCGGUACGCGACCGCCGACGACGUGAAGGAAGUGGGAGCCGCCGUCGCCGCGUCGCUGCAGAGCGAGAGUCUCGGUGUGAGCGACGCGAGGGGGGCGGCCUGCGACGACCCCGCCUCCACGACCCCUCCCCUCCGUGCCAUCACGUAUCACGACUGCUGCGACCUGGCCCUGCUGGACCCUCAGCUCCUGUGUCGCAGCUGCGGCGUCUUCCACUGCAGCUCCUGCCGGGACGUGGACGUCUGUCAGCGGCACCACAGCGUCCGGCAGCUGGGCGUGUGCGCGUGCGGGAAGCCGUGCGCCAGGAAGCCGCUGGUUCUGUGCAGAUACUGUGGCAACGAGUUCUGUCGCGCGUGCUGGUACAGAAGUCCCGUGUUCUGCACGUGCGGCCAAACGUUCGACCAGUCGUCCUCCGUGUGACAGCGAGAGAGUGAAGUGCCUUCAUAUAACUGACUCGUCCAGUCCAGUCCAGUCGCACCCAGAUGUUGCCUUGUCUGCUCCACUUUUUCUAUUUGGAACAUUGUUACCACGGAGACUGUGGACACUGCCAUUAAAGGCCUUGUUCUCUGACUCCGCCCCCUUCAGACUGUUUUUAAAAUCGGCUUUGCCACAGAAACACGAGCAGAACACGACGACGUUCACAGAAUACUCUGAAUCAAGUGCAGUGACAGGGAGAGGUCAGAGUGUGUUUGUGUCAGUGACACUUGAACGUCUUUAUCUCACUGUCGGACAGACGUUUGUAAACCGCUCACUCUCUCACACCAAAGUCCAGCGAGAAAAUCAGUGAUUUUAACAUCACACACACACACACACAGGAGUCACUAAGUUCAAAUGUCUGAAUUUGUGUUUAAAAUCUUCCUUGUGGUUUACUGAAAUGACACAAAGUGACCACACGAGGCAGCAGAGGACCAGCAGCUCCUGUGUCCCGCAGCUAAAAUCACUGAUUUUCUCUGUGGACUUUGGUGUGGGAGAGUGACGUAACUAUGCUACUAUGUUGCUAUGUUACCGUCUCUAUAACGGUAAUAAGACAGCAUAGUAAAUUGUUAAAAAGCACACACUGUGGCUGUCUGUUGUGUUUGUGUCGCUGAUGGCCACUGUCACACUGAGUGUGUUGUGUGUCUCCACAUCACGGUUACACUGAGGCUGUCAUGCUGCAUCGUUGGCUCCCGCCCAGCGUCUGUCUCCCCCUACAGGAGACACAUGGUCAGUGCAGCCAGGGUCACAGUGGCAGACGAGUGUUGUGUUGUUGAGAUUUCAGUGUAAAUUGGUGCAAAACGACUCGUGUGUGUUCAUGUGUUUGUUUCCUGCUCACAGACUAAAGUAAAAAAAGGGACAUUCUGCCAUUUUUCUGUUAAAUGUUUUCUCUUAAAUGAAUAAUUGAUCACUUUGUAUUAACACAUUGAUUCAGUCUUCAUUAAAAGUCAAUCAAAUCAUUUUCUUAAAAUA